UCGGAAUCCGUUGAUUUGAAGAAAUAUGCGCCGUUAGCAUCACACGACUUCAAAACUGUAAAAGGACCAUGGCAAAGAAAAUGAUUUGAAUUAAUUCUGAAGUUAGUUACACUCUGCUCUUACGACAGACAGUAGAAAGUCAAUUAUUUUAAUGGAAUACCGUGAAAGUAAGUUAGCUAGCUAGCCUGUUUCCCCAGUGUCACCAAUGCUAGCAUCUAACGUUAGCUAACGUUACCUUGUUUUGUAAGACUUGGAACAUGAAAUGGGAGGAAACCAAACAAAGUGGUGGAUGAAGUGCACUGGGAAGGGACGUGAAGGACUUGGACAACUUUUUCAAACUUUUUCAUCCCCAUGAAGAAAAUAAGAAGAGUCUUCGACGUCAAAUAAUGAGGUUUCACCCCCUCUCCUCCCUCGUCAUCCCUUCAUCUCCCCCACCCCUUCUCUCCUGCUGGCUUGGUGUUUAACAGUGGAGAAGAGUUCCGGAGGUGCGCCGAGAAAAACACUGCGAGGCCGAGACGCUGACAGAAUCCGAGGAAGAGGCAUGUCUCGCCUUUCCGUGACCAGUUUCACUGCGUGGAGUUGAGCGAAACCACCCCUCCUCCGAUUGGACCCACUCGCAGCUGUUCUGGAGUUGUGCUACUACAGAGCGCAGCGUCCCUGAAGCUGAUGGAGACUCGGGACACUUCACGUCCAGCUGAUGCGGAUGAUGCUGAAGGUCCGGCGGACGUGGCCGUCAGGGGGCAGACAUCAGUCGGUGAUCCGUUGGAGAAAACGUGGCUCUCUGGUUUUGCUCCUCACCGGCGAUGUUGUGUUAUUAAAGUGCGGAGCAGGAAGGAAACAGGGACCGAGGCAGGCAGCGCGGAGCGGAGCGGAGCGGAGCGGGAGGAAUAGAGAGUCUAGUGUUGUAGCCAGAGGGCGGUGGCAUUUCUCUCUCUCUGCGUAAACGGAGAGAGUGGAGAAGGAGAGAGCGCACGGAGAGAGACGAGCAGAGCUCAGUGGCGAGGCAGCAGUGCCGCUCACACGAGUGAUUCCACCACCUCUCCUCCUCUCACAGCUUCACCUGCGCCUCCUGAGGCGGACUCAGACUCACACCGGGACUGGAGGCGAUAUCCGCAGCUUUUUUUCUGGUUAUUUUUUUUUUUUUCUGAUUAUUUUUUUUUUAAACUCGUUUGAUUGAUCAGCAGACCCUUGUGGUGGAAGGGAAGGGGGGUUUCUCAGUUCCCCCGCCGUGGACCGAGGAGUUUUGUUUUUUGUGUGUGUUUAUGCGUUUUACGCGUCGCUUGUCAUGGGCAGAAGUGGACAGAGAAGUGGAAUAGGACGCGGGGCUUGCAGCUUGGUGAGGAUGUGCGCCACGCCGGGGAUCCUGCUUCUCCUGGUGCUCGCACACCGAGGAGUCGCCCAAGUGAGAGACGACGAUGACUUCCUCAGUCUGAGCGAGCUCCCGGAGACCUUCCCCUCGGACCCUCCCGAGCCCUUACCUCACUUCCUGUUCGAACCCGAGGAAGGCUACAUCGUCAAGAACAAACCCGUCAAUCUCUACUGCAAGGCGACGCCCGCCACGCAGAUUUACUUCAAGUGCAACAGCGAGUGGGUGCAUCAGAAAGACCACACCGUGGAGGAGCGAGUGGACGAAAACUCAGGUCUGGUGGUGAGAGAAGCCAGCAUAGAGAUCACGCGACAGCAGGUGGAGGAGCUGUUCGGACCCGAGGAUUACUGGUGUCAGUGCGUGGCCUGGAGCUCCGCCGGAACCACCAAGAGCCGCAAGGCCCACGUCCGCAUCGCAUAUCUGAAGAAGUCAUUCGAACAGGAACCUCUGGGAAAGGAAGUCUCCCUGGAGCAGGAAGUGCUGUUACAGUGUCGCCCUCCAGAGGGCAUCCCAGCCGCUGAGGUGGAGUGGUUAAAGAAUGAAGAGAUUAUCGACCCGGCGGAGGACAGAAACUUCUACAUCACCAUCGACCACAACCUGAUCAUCAAGCAGGCGCGUCUGUCGGACACGGCCAACUACACGUGCGUGGCGAAGAACAUCGUGGCCAAACGGCGAAGCACCACAGCAACUGUUAUCGUUUAUGUGAACGGCGGCUGGUCGACGUGGACGGAGUGGUCGGUGUGUAACAGCCGCUGUGGACGAGGUUUCCAGAAACGAACCCGCAGCUGCACCAACCCGGCGCCGCUCAACGGAGGGCUGCCUUGUGAUGGACAGGCCAUCCAGAAGCUGCCAUGUACCACGCUCUGCACCGUGGACGGCGUGUGGACAGAUUGGAGCAAGUGGUCUGCCUGUGGGACGGAGUGCACCCAGUGGAGGAGGCGGGAGUGCAACAACCCAGCGCCUAAGAACGGAGGGAGGGACUGCGAGGGGCUGGUGCUGCAGUCUCAGAACUGCACCGACGGCCUCUGUAUGCAAAGUUCAUUUUUUCAGAAGUCCACUGAGCCCAAAGAAAAGAGUGAUUUGGGAAUCCCAUCUGCUCCGAGCACGGACGACGUGGCGCUCUACGUGGGCAUCGUCAUCGCGGUGAUCAUGUGCCUGGUCAUCUCCGUCAUCGUGGCGCUCUUCGUCUAUCGCAAGACGCACCGCGACUUUGACUCGGACAUCAUCGACACCUCGGCGCUGAAUGGGGGCUUCCAGUCUGUUAACAUCAAAACAGCCCGAUCAGCCGAUCUGCUGACGGCUCCCCCCGACUUGACGAAUGCAGCUGCCAUGUAUCGCGGCCCGGUGUACGCCCUCCACGACGUUUCAGAUAAAAUCCCGAUGACCAACUCCCCUCUCCUCGACCCUCUCCCCAACCUGAAGAUCAAAGUCUACAACUCCUCCGGCCUGGUCACGCCUCAGGACGACCUCGGAGGGGACUUCACGUCCAAACUGUCUCCCAAGGUAACUCAGUCUCUUUUGGAUAACAGCGAUACUAUGAACCUUCGGAACCAGAGCUUGGCCCGGACACGGGACCCCUCCUGCACCGCUCAUGGCUCCUUCAACAACCAGGGAGGACACCUCAUCGUCCCCAACUCUGGCGUGAGCCUGUUGGUUCCAGCGGGUGCUGUUCCUCAGGGCAGAGUGUAUGAGAUGUAUGUGACGGUGCACAGGAAGGACAGCUUGAGACCCCCGGUAGAGGACAUCCAGACAGUGCUGAGCCCAGUGGUGAGCUGUGGACCUCCAGGAGCCCUGCUGACCAGACCGGUGAUCCUCACCAUCCACCACUGUGCUGACAACGUCCACGAAGACUGGCUCAUACAGCUGAAGAACCAACUGGCCAUGGGGGAGUGGGAGGAUGUGGUCGUCGUUGGAGAGGAAAACUUCACCACCCCCUGCUAUGUGCAGAUGGACUCGGAGGCAUGUCACAUCUUAACAGAGACCCUGGGGACUUACUGCCUGGUGGGCCAGUCAAUCUGCAAGGCAGCCGCCAAGAGGCUCAAACUGGCUGUGUUUGGACCCGUCUCCUGCACAACUUUGGACUAUCACAUCAGGGUCUACUGUCUGGACGACACACAGGAUGCACUCAAGGAGGUUCUUCAGAUGGAGACCCAGAUGGGAGGGAAGCUCCUGGAUGAACCAAAGACUCUGAACUUUAAAGACAGCACACACAACUUGAGACUGUCAAUCCACGACGUGCCACACACACUCUGGAAGAGCAAGCUCAUCGCAAAGUAUCAGGAGAUCCCAUUCUACCAGGUGUGGAGUGGCAGCCAGAGAACUCUUCACUGCACCUUCACCCUGGAGAGACUGAGCCCGGCCACCACAGAGAUCAGCUGCAAGCUGUGUGUGCGGCAGGUGGAAGGAGAAGGACAGAUCUUUCAGCUCAGCAACACACUGGAGGAGGAGGUCCAGUGCAUAGACACGUCUCUGAUGGAUCCUGCCAGUAACAUCACAACCUUGGUGGGGCCCAACGCCUUCCGCAUCCCUCUAUCUAUCAGACAGAAGCUGUGUGGCAGCCUAGAUGCACCACAGACCAGAGGCAACGACUGGAGGAUGCUGGCCCACAAACUCAACCUUGACAGGUAUCUGAACUACUUCGCCACCAAGUCCAGUCCGACCGGCGUGAUCCUGGAUCUCUGGGAGGUGCAGCACUUCCCCGACGGAGACCUCAACGAACUGGCCGCCGUGCUGGAAGAGAUGGGUCGCAGCGACAGUAACUUCGCCUCCAUGACAAAGGAACACUGACGAAGCAGCGUUGGCGACACUGACAAUGGCGGACGAUCACAUGUGAAUUCUCUACAGCUGAUACUGCAGCGACGGCAGCGACGCACCGGUUAAAUACCAGGGUAAUCACGCCAACGUGGUGACAGACGGGAACGCUCGAGCUGGUGCUGGAACUGUGUGUGUGUAUCUUUGUGUGUUUAUUUGAGCAAUGUCGCAGUGUUGUUUGUGACUGAAAAGGAGAGAUAAUCCCAACCUAAAAACACAAACAGAGUCUAUCAGGAUCCAACACGAACACACGCCUAAAAGAACAAAAAAAAAGAAGAAGAAAAAAAAACGAAAACAAAAGACGUCGUCUAGCGUAACACUAGUUGUUCUCUUGCUGUUGCUUUACUCAGAACAAAGAGACGCAGAGAAAAAAAGAAAGAUGGCUGACCUUGAAAACCUCUGUAGGAAUGGAACAGAAUCAUAAAGGGAGAGAGGCUAAACUGAUUACAAAGCAGUGGGAGAAGGUGGAGCGAGGACGAGGAGAGAGUGAGUAAGAGACGAGACUCUUCAGUGAGACGAGAGUAAACACAGAGAGAGACGCUAAACUGAUUACGGGAGGGGAGGACGUAAACAUUAAAUGAUGGAGGGAGCUGCAGGUGAUCAUCUGUAAGACGAGGAUGGAAAGCAGAGAAUGAGAGAGAGGGAAGGAAGGAAGGAAGGCAAGGAUCCCGCUCUUCUCCUGUGGGCCGUGGCUGUACGUGUGUGCCGGUACAGUUUGUUGUCUUUUUUAAUCGUUUCCUAGGGAACGCUCUAUGUACUCCGCUGUCCAUAUGUGUGGAUCAUUUCCUGCUAACAGAUCAGAACCAGAACAAGAACAGUGACUGUCAAUCAAAGGUCCUGACCAGAAACAAGCCCGAGAUGAAGUCGUAAGUGAUUUUUUGGUUUUGUUUUGUUGUUUUUUUUAAAUCCCCAACCCCGAGUGUGGACGCACCAAGUCAAAGGCGGCUGAACUUUAACUUGUGCCUGUAAUGUUUUUUUAAAGAAGCCAGUCCAAAGAUGAUCUCACUCCAGAUGGAUGCAAGUAAAAAAAAACAAAAAAAACACAUUUUUUCCAUUUUCCAGCAGGGUAAAGGUGUGACAGACUUGUGAAACUGUCUGUUUUGAGGUAUAUUUAAAAUUGCACUUAUGAUAAACAGAUAAACGAGGCAAAGAUGCAGACCAUCAGCUAUUCAUUCUCAUUCACAGUAAUACAUUCAUUUUAAAGUUCGCUCAUUUUUACUAAUUCUAUACAUUUUUGUUCAGGAAGAUACAACGUUCGUCACAAGCUUGAAGCGUUUAAACGACGAUCUUCAAAGCCACAAACGCGCCUCGAACUAGAUGGUGCAGGGUGGAGGUGACUCCAGCUACAGGUGCCACAUUAGGUUAACCACAACCUCAGGUCCAGGAGUCUCUCUGGAUAGAGCGACUGACGGAGGGGGGCUUGUUUCUGGACAGGGUCCAACUCAGAGAGGGAGCAAAAAGGGACGAAUGAGAAUAUAAUAAUAAUAUACAGAGGAGAAUAGUAUUAUGUGAUAGUGAAUUAAAUACAGCUGAUAUCAUUCAUUACCGCUAAAUGUAGCUGAUAUACAGAUUUUAUCACCCAUAUUUUCAUUUACAUGUGUGUAUAUAUAUAUAUAUAUAUAUAUAUAUAUAUAUAUAUAUAUAUAUAUAUAUAUAUAUAUAUAUAUAUAUAUAUAUAUAUAUAUAUAUAUAUAUAUAAUAUUUCUUUCAUAUGUUCUGUGUCCCGUCACCACAGGAUGUCAGUUGUGUUAUCUGCCGUCUGGCCACAUGUGAUUUGUUCAUCACCACCAUGACUUUGCUGGUCACUAGCGCCAUCCAGUGGCUUCAGAAGAAUAACAGCAUUUACGUUUUUUUGUUGUUUUUUUUCUUGUUGUUUUUUUUCUUGUUUUGGAUCGUCUGAAACAUGUAAAUACAUGAUUAUCAUGUUCAUUCUAAUGACCUUAUAUUAGCAUAAUAUGUUUUGUUCAUUCUUGUGUUAUUUACAGUAACAUUGUUUUAUUAAGCUGCCAUUUUUAAUGUUUUUUGUUGUUGUUUUUAGGGUGUGGGAUAAAAUCUGUAACAUAUCAGUUAGUUGCUCUUUUAUUUUUUCAAACAAAGUUCUGUCUGCAACUAACAUUCCAACUCGCGGUGUAUUUGUUGAAAGAUGUUGCGAUUUAGAGCUAAAAAUCAAGACACGGAGUGAAGUGAAGCGAGGGGAUCGUGUACAAUGAAGUGUAAUAUAUUUUGUGUAUUGCAACAAAAAAAAAGAAAAAAAAAACAACAUUGUGAAGCAAGGCUGGCUUUUUAAAUGUAUGCACUGACUCAGGUCAACAGUGUCUGGUGGGAAAAAGGUGCAACAAGCCAAACUCGAGGGAGACGAACGGCCUUAUUUUUAGUGGCUUUCUGAAUCGGAGGCCCCUGUUCACCUUGUAAAGAAAGAGGAAUAUUCACUUCAAAGGAAAAUACAUGUAAAAUAUUUAAAAAACUGAGAUAUUUCUGCUCUGAACUACGGAGAGACGCCAUAUGAAUCUAAACUUCAGUUAUGUAGAGGAGAUACUGAGGAGGAUAAACUGUCGAGAGAAACCAAGUGGGCUGACAAACACGGCCUGCGUUAACAACAGUACAAAAGGUCAGAUUUUUACCUCUUCAUGACAGAUUUCAUCUCGUUGUUGUCCACACAGGAGAAAAACCUUGAGGCAUCGAUUUUUUUCCAGCAUUGAUUUUUUUCCACAUUGAUUUUCCCGCCUUUGUUCAGUUGGUCAGAAAUAUGCCAGUUAAAAAUCUGAACUCUUGUGUUGAUGUGAAUCCAGACGCCUCCAGAUGACGGUGCGUUUUUUUUUUUUUAAUUUACGGGAUGGCCUUAUUGAAAAGCAAAUGGUGAAAUGACGGCGUGGAUGUUUUGUAUGUUUAAAAAAAAAUUAUAAUUGUAAUCGCUGAUGUCAGAUGUGAGGAAAUCAAAAGGGAAGAGUUGUGUAAAAAAAAAAACAUGUUGAGGAUAAAAGCCUAAAAACAUCAAGUCAUCAAUUUCAGUUUGUUGUCGGAACAAAAUAUGAACCCAAAGGUCAUGAGCGGUUUCUCUUUCAUACACGCGAUCAUCAACAUGCGAAACACAGAAUCCCAGAUCAAACUUUUAAGUUGCAAGGAAACAAUCGGUCCUGAAAUAAGAAGUUACCGGUCGACAUGUAGCUUUUCCCCCCAAAACUUCAUCCUCGCCAUGAUCUCAGUCUACAGUUUACCAGUGGGACGGACUGUUUGUUAGUAGAGUAGACUGAAUAACAGAAAAAGGGAGUUUUCAUACGAGGCGAGCAAACGCAGGCCUCUGGGAGGUGAAUACUUCAUGAUGUGAAAAAUUAAGAAAGUAGUGUUAAGGUAUCAAAGUAUGUAAAAAAAAAAUAUUUUCUAUCCACAGUAUGUACAGUUGUGUACUGUCAGCUAUAUUUGGCAAAAUUUGAGAAUAUAAAAAAAAAAGAGCAGUACAGUUAGAUACUAGUUUGUAUGUUCCAAGUUUUCUUUUUUAAUUUAAUUUUAAGUUUCUUUCCUGUUUUGUAAAAGCGGUGUCUACUAUGCAAACUUGGCAUUGGUUACCAUGAUAGAAGUCUAUAACUAGAGCUGUGCUUGUAAGUGCAUUUUCUUUUUGGAUUUUUACUAUCAGGGGUGAUUUGAUUUGGUUAGUUGCGGGGUAGUGUUGGUCCAUUUUAGCUAAUUCUGGCACGCUUCAUGAAUCUUGCUCAAUCUUGCUGAAUGCUCGCCUCUCUAUCUCCUCUAAUUGUUUUCUGUACAAAGUGUAAGAAAGAAUUUUUAAGACAAUUAAUAAAUUAUAUUUAUAAGCAACGCUGAAAA